UUCGAUAAUUCAGGUGUUUAUCGAUAAAAGGUACAUUCUUUGCAUAAACACCAAACAAAAUAUUUCAUUUUGGUGAUUUCCCUCAACAAGUGGCCAAACUAACCAUCUUGCCACGAAAUGAGUCGCAACGUUUUGGCGCCACCUACUCAGCGCAUGAGCCACAAUCGCAAUUAUCGCGUUAACGUCGUUCACGACGAUUUCGGUGGAAGCAAGUGGAAUUGUGCCAAUCCGACAACUGCAAAAGGAUACGAGGAACCAGAUCUUUAUGCUGACGAUGAUUUCGAGGAGGACGGCACCGACUGCAAUGUUGAGGAGCUAUCCAAUGGCAGCUACAAGCUGGCGCUGCAUGUGCCCAAAUCCUUCUAUGGUGGUCUGAUUGGGUUCAAGGGCGCCACAAAGCGUCGCAUUGAAUUGGAGACGCAAACAGAGAUUUAUGUGCCACGUCAGAACGAGAUUUCCACUGACUUGGUUAUUCAGUCCAAGGAGCGCAGCAACGUUUGUGCUGCCUUGCGCAAAAUUCGAUUGCUCAUCGAAUCGCUGCGCAAACGAAUGCGGCCAACACAUUUCCUGGCCGUUGCGCUAAACUCGGGCGGUGUGCAACAGCGAUUCCUAAAGCUAAAGCAAAACAUUUUGGAUGCACAACUGCCGGGCAUCGACCAGGAGCUUUUUAUUUCAGAGAACUGCAUUCAUAUUACACUGGGCGUGUAUGUGCUCUUGGAUGACGCUGAACGCAAACAGGCCAUUAGCGAGCUGGAACUCUGUCGCCAAUGGCUGGUCGACUUGCACACACCAUUCGAGCUAAACAUUCAAGGCCUGGAAAUCUUCAACGAUGAUCCCAGCUCGACCAGAGUGCUUUACGCCCGUAUCGAGUCGCCGGAGCUUCAGCAGUUCGCGAACAAAUGCAAGAAGCAUUUCCAAACCACCGGCCUGUAUGCAGCGGACAAUAACGAUCCCGAUAGCAUCAAACUUCACAUGACGCUGCUAAACAGUCGAUAUACCAAUAAGAAACCCAAUAAGAAUGAAAGCAACAGCUUCGAUGCACGUGAGAUUCUUAAACGCUUUGGCGACUAUGACUUUGGCAAGGCUCAGUGCAACGAGGUGCACAUGUGUGUGUGCAAAUCGUACUGUGAAGGUGAUGACUUCUACAAGACAACGGGUAGUCUGAAAUUUUAAUCAACAGUCCAAACAAAACUUGUAAUAUGGAUGGUAAACAUCCAACUUAUAGUCCAAUAAGUAUAAUCACAUUGAUUUCAUUAGAAAUUUAUGUUUUUCUUAUGAAUUUCUUAGUUUUGAUUACCAGUGUGAUAUGUGAAAGGGCAAUUGCAUUGAGGUGCGAAUCUUGAUUAAGAAAUUGGAUUGAGCAAAUAUUCCUUGUUGAUAUUUUAAGCAUAAGGACUGAUAAGCAAAUAUAAAAUAUGUAUGCACAUAA